AUGGCAGGCGGUAAUCGUCCAACCGAGGCCGAGUGCUUUGCCGCUAUCCGCGGGGAGAAGGUGCCCCGAGAUGUCAGCAAUCCCCUGGCGCUGGCAUCACUGAUUCGGGGCAUCCGGCUUCACUAUGCCUUUGCGACUAGUGGCGCGGUGACCGAGUUGAGCAUGGCGAGUGCCGCCAUUGCACGCGCCCGUAAUGCGCGGCUCAUCAUGAGUGAUGAGCUACCCGAUGCCAUGGCACCAGACAACCAGCCCUACUGCAUAUGGUACCCUGAUUUUGCCUCGGAACAAACGUAUCGCGUGCUUGUGCAGCGAUAUCCCCAGAUGCGAUACCAAGUCGGCCGCGCGUGUGCUGCGGCAGGCUACCAUGUUCUGUAUCGAGAACUAGACUUAUUGCCCGAUGUCAGCAUUGCAGAAGAAGCGCGGGAGGGAGAAACGGCUGGCGGGCGACUGAUCUACGAAUCCAUCAUGAGUAGUCCACGUCGAUACGCCGUCAUGGAUGACUGCCUCCUGAGCAUCGACAUUAACACUCCGAGGUCGCCCGCAUUCCUUAAUGGGGAUACCGAAGUACGUUGGCGUCUUGAUACACGCGUGGCUUUCACUCCUGUUCUUGCAAACCACAAACCCUGCAUCGAGGAGGACAUGCAUGUGCAUACCGAAGACCAGCCCAUCACGUCUCUGCAUCUCAAUCUGAGCGAUGAAGAAGUCAAGCUGCUAUAUGAGCCCUUGCCACCGGAUCUGCCCACCAUGAAGAAAACCUUACUGACCCACAUGGCGGCAUUUGAUGGAAACAUUGAUCGCUAUGCCCGACUGGCGACGUCGGCAAGGACCAUAAACAUGACCGAGCUUGUAUGCAUCGUCCGCGGUAUUUAUCAUCAUACCAUGUUCGCUCGAUGGUGGGCCAGCCAGAUCGCCGACGGUACACCGCGGGUCAAGGCCUUGCAGGACAGCGGCUGGACCUAUCUGGCUCGGAUUCGUGCGGCAAUCUCUGCCCGUCGUAUCAUGUUGAAUGACCCCCAAGAGUUCCGCGAAGAUGGGUGGCCGGCCGGUGCGCCUCAGCCUUUCAUGAUCUGGUGGCCACUUCGACCUGACCACGACAUGCUCGGUCUACUCGCCGACAAAGUCCCAUCAAUGAAGACGCAGGUCGCAGUGGCCGCCAUUUAUUGUGACUAUGAAGGUCUUUACAAGCGGCUGCAACCGGAUCCAAAUUGGUAUCUUUGGACUGCCGCAGCGAAUUCUCGCAACACCUUCUAUCGUCAAGAUAUAGAGAAGCGAGCAGAGGAACAGGGCAUUGACCUGGAUACUGGAAACACGCAGGAUGAGGACGGAUAUUGUCUCGACUUCGACUUGGAGCCUACCAGAUUAUUUACUUAUGACGGGCAAACGCAGGACCGUUUAUUUAUCAGAUUAGGACCUUAUGGCGAUGGUCAAAGACCCGACACUUCAGAUGCAGAGCUCAAGAUCUGGGAUGACUUUGGAAUACUACGCUAA